CGCAUCCACACCUGCCCACAGCGCAUUAAGAUAGCUGGGUACGCCACUACUCCCAGCCCUGUGCAGACCCCUCAGGAGGAAGCGGUGUGCGCCAUCUCCCUGGAUUACUUCACGGACCUCCCAAGUCGAUCGGCUGUGAGUUUCUGCCGGGGUUGUGUGACCCAGCUGUGGGGCAAGGAGGACGAGGAAGACGGGAGGAGGAAGAGGAGACGGGAGGAGGAAGGUGAAUGGGAGGAGGACGACGGCAACGAGGCGGUGGGGGCCAUUGGUGGAUGGGACAACUCUAUUCGAGAGGUAUUGUACCAGGGGAAUGCUGACGAGUUGUUCCAGGACCAAGAGGAUGAUGAACCCUGGGUCGGUGACGGUGGCAUAAGGAAUUGGGACAACAUGCCCGUGUGGGACCCGGAGGAAAAGGAAGAUCGGGACUAUUACCUGGGAGGCUUGAGACAUGGCCUAGACGUCUACCGGGAAGAAGAGACACUGGAAGAAUACCGUGAGGACACCGACGAUCUGUAUCCAGACACCCACCUGCCUCCUCCUCCGGCCCUUUCAGGGCAGUUCACCUGCCCCCAGUGCCGAAAGAGCUUUACACAUCGCAGCUUUCCUCCCAAUUUACAGCUGGCUAACACAGGGAUAAUUCGCCAGAUGUGCCCCAGUCCUUAUCGAGGGGGUGGGGAUGAUCAGGGCAUCUGUUCCAAACACCAGGAAGCCCUGAAGCUCUUCUGCGAGGUGGACGAAGAGGCCAUCUGUGUGGUGUGUCGUGAAUCCAGGAGCCACAAACAGCACAGCGUGGUGCCAUUGGAGGCGGUGGUGCAGGAGUACAAGGUGAGAGGCAUAAGGAGGGAAUGA